AUGCCGUUAUGUCUCAGUUUAAUCGGUUUAAAGAAAGCCUUUGAUACAGUUGAGACCGAAGCGGUCAUCCAAGCUUCGGACAACCUAGGCGUCCUUACUCCUUACAUAAAGAUACUUCGUAAUUUGUACAGCAACUUCACGACAAAAAUUUCCCCAUUCCAUAAUGAUGUCAUAAUCGACGUGAAGAGAGGGGUUCGUCAGGAUGACACAAUUUCACUCAACAUAUCCAGUGCCACUCUCGAGAACGGGAUGCGAGGAUUGGAACGGGGUAACAUGAGACUGAAAUUUGACGGCCGGCAUUUACAUCAUCUUCGUUUCUCUGAUGACAUCGUGCUUAUAACAACAACAAGCAUCAAUCAGGCGGAACGGAUGCUGGCCAAAUUUGAUGAGACAUGUAAAAAGAUCGGUUUUCGGCUGAACCUAGAUAAGACGAUGUUUAUGAAGAACGGAUGGGUUUCUGAUGCCCCAUUGACGCUCAACGGAGCGAACAUAUCCGAAUGCUACAGCUAUGUAGAACAACCGGCUCCGUGCUCACCUAUUCAACACCACCAUUCUUUCUGCCUUGACCUACGCUUCAGAAACAUGGGCGUUCCGCAAGCAGGAAGAAAAUGCGAUCAGCGUCAUAGAAUGCGGAAUUGA